AUGGACACCUCACAAAAUUGUCCAGAGAGAUCCAACGACUCCUCUCACUCACAACGUCGCAAAUUAAGAGUUCUGUGGCUCCUUAGUCUCAUACUUCUCUCCUUGUUGUUGUUGUAUUACGCCCUCCCUCAUUGUACACGAACAAGGGCGGCUUUUGUUUUCAUCAUAGGUUUCUGGAUGCUGGAUCUUGCUAAUAACACCGUUCAGGGCCCCGCUCGAGCUCUCUUGGCUGAUUUAGCAGGCCAUGAUCAGAGGAACUCAGCAAAUGCUAUGUUUUGUUCAUGGAUGUCGAUUGGAAACAUCUUAGGGUUUCUAUCUGGUUCUAGUGGAAAUUGGCACAAGUGGUUUCCUUUCUUUAAAAGUAGAGCUUGUUGUGAGGCAUGUGGAAAUCUGAAGGCAACUUUUUUAGUUGCAGCGACUGGGUCUGAAAGUUCAGACUCAAAACCCCUGACAAAUUCUGGUAAAUCAUCUGAGGUUGAAGAAGAAGAUCAAGUUGAAACUUUUAAUGAUAAUCCAUGGGCAGUUUUGGUCAACUUGUUGACCAGCUUAUGCCAUUUACCAGUAGGGAUGCAUUCAAUGCUUAUUGUCAUGGCUCUCACAUGGUUGUCAUGGUUCCCUUUUUUUCUUUUUGAUACGGAUUGGAUGGGGAGAGAGGUUUAUCAUGGGGACCCAAAAGGAGAUGCUGCCAAAGUUGAAGCUUAUGAUGAAGGUGUUAGAGAAGGUGCUAUUGGUUUGCUAUUGAAUUCAUUGAAACAAUGGGUUUCUUUCUUCAUCUGGCGCUUAGGGAUGGAGGUGGUUCCAUUGUUAAUGAAAGCUAUUGGAUGGCAAGGAGGAAGUAUACUAGCCCUUGAGACACUAAAACGUGUGGUGGUUGCUGGAAAUAGGGCAUGGGAUGCACUUGUUGCACAAGGUCUUAGGUUAGUAAUCAUGUUUGUGUAUCUAAAAUCCAAUCGUCGCCAUCGAUCCAAGUCGACCUCGAUCUAG